UUUUAUUAAUAAUAAGUACGGGGACAGUAAAGGACAGGAGUCCCGUGUAGGGAAUGUGUGACGUAGGCAGCAGUUGGUGAAUUUCAGAGGGAGUAUUUACACUGCCUGACUGGGCUCCCGCCAGUUAUUGUUCUUCCAAUUAAAUGAUUAAUUUCAGCUGACGAGCCAGUGUUGUGAUUAUGUGAACUCUCAGUGUGAACAAACAAUACUCUUGUCCCGGCACAACCCACACAGCGCCCAGUCCAACACAUCCUCUCCUCACAGAGGCGCCACCGACUGAAAGAAGUACGCGUGUGACGUCACGAAGACACUCCCUCCGGCUGCUUCGGCGGUUGGACGCUCCGUCGUUGCCAUGGUGACGCUAGAGGAAGUGACUCGGAGUGGGAUUGGCUCAGAUGAGAGCGGCCCAGUUUGACUGGAGAAAGAAGUGCGAGUGUUUGACGGAAGCCUCGGCAGCGGUGAGUCUCCAGCACAGACACGCGGGCCGCCAUCAGUGGGGACUGAUGUCUUAUUUAAGAGCCAGCAGGACUUCAUCUAAUCUCUCACUUGCCAAGAAACCAUCAAAGACCAGAAAGAAACUGCAAGCCAGAAAGGAAUGGGAUAGUUCAGUCAAUGAUCUCACUGUGUUCCGGGCUACAAAUGAAGAGCUGGAGCACCGGCGUGAGAUACACAGAUCCAAAAACCAGUGGCUGGCCCGUUGGGAACUCCAGAACAAAGCAAAUUAUAAACAGUCAGAGAAAGAAAAUUCAACUCAAUUUGAAAAUUCACGUCUAGCUCUAAUGAAGGAGAUCCUUUCUGAUCAGUAUUUGAUGAAUGAUGUAUUGGAGAGGUCAGACCGAGCACUUGCUGUAGUGAAGGACCUGUUUGGAGAUGCCCCCCGCAGACACACAGGAUUUCCCAAUGUGACUAUGGCUCCUUCCUGUGAUCUGGAGACAUCUCGAGCACCCAUAGUACGGAAGAAGGAUCCCCCAACCCAACUGUCCAUUCUGAGUGAGUCUGUCAUGGAUUCUCAGGCUAUAAAUGAAGUGGACAAAUCGCUGAGUCGGUCUGAAUACAGUGACAGUGAAGCUGAGGUCUCUAUUAGCAUCCAGCCCAACAUGAAGGCAGAGAGGGUUCAACAGUUGCUUACUGGGGAGGGACCGAAGAGUGAGGCCUUUAUAACCCCACACAAAUCAGAAGGUGACCCAUCACAAACACAGUGUGCCCUAAAUGCCACCACAGCAGUCAACAGAGUGAAAGUGCGCAGAACAGAGGAAGAAUCGCCAAAGCCAGAGGAAUCCGACUCCAUCAUAGGCCGUGUUCUAAAUCCCCAUGGGAAGGCAAAUAAGAGAAUCUCAUUAAAAGGAAAGAAAAAACGUACCACAAACCAGUCUCAGACCAAGGAUUUUAGCACUUUCAAGGCAUCUGAGCGUGAUUUGACGACCAGCAACCAGUCAAGUCUGGGCCUCCUGAAUAGCAUGAUCAUGGAAGUAGAGCAGGACCUGGCGGAGUAUGAGAGGCAAACGGGCCGAGAAGUUCUAUCAGCUCCCCCAGCUCACGGUCUGACGGGAUUCACGCUCUCUCUUGUCAGCUCAUUAAAACGAGUGGUGUCAUACCUGAAGGAGAGUGACCUGCUGCUGCAACGAGAGGUGAGGGAAAGACAGAACCUGCAGGGGGAGCUAGUGGAACAGAGGCUGAUGCUUGACGCUCUCACUGCAGAAAUCCUCAGUCUGAAAGAAGGAGGCAACAUCCAUGAGAAUCACUCACAGACUAAACAGUGUCCAGAAGUUGAUGGGGACAAGUUGACUUCAAUCACCCAAGAAGCAAAAACGUUUCCUGGACUCAGUGGAGAAACUUGUAGAACAUCCGCUGACUGUGGACUUUCUAAGGCCAAUCAAUUCAUGGAUUCCCAGGAUGUGCAAGAUACAGAUGAAAAACACUGCAGACUUGGGGUGUCCAAGGAAGAAUUUGGUGCAUGUUUGUACCCCCAGGGCCGACCUGCAGAGGAGCCCAGAUUAGCCAGCGCUUUACCCUCGCAUGUGUUCCAGCAAGCUGUCUUGUUAUCCCCUCCCAGGCAAAAAACUGUCGGUAAUCUCAGCAGCCACUCGGCAGUACCAAAGAGGGCAGCUAACAGAUUACCUUCACCACCAGCCGAUCUGAUGACCGCUCCAGUGGAAAAUGAGUGGCCAGAAUCAAAACUAUUUCAGAGGAGUAUAAAUUAUAAGAACACUGCUGCCCUCAUAGAGCGAGGGACGAUGGUGCCGGGGCAGGAGAAUUCCAAACAUGUCUACAGCUCUGCCCAGGGGAGCGGAAGAGUCAACCAACAUCCUACUGAAUCUACAAAAGAGGUCCAAGGACUAGAAAUAGGUGAAAGCCAAAUAAAUCCUCUUCAAAAUGAGGACCUGGUGUCCCAAAUGCAGCAGUUGGCACUUCAGAAUGCAGCACUUAAGGCACAACUUGAGCAAAUACACUUUUCCCCAGAAGGAAAUGCUCCAGAAGGGGCUGCAGCCGAACAGCUUCAUAAUCCAGAACCUGCCACUGAUACACCGCAGGCGAGAGCAGCUCUGGUCCCAGUGAGCCUGGAGAUGCGCAUUGCAGAGUUAAACCGGCAGAGUGCAGAAGCGCGGUACAAGCUCCUAAAACUUAUUGAGCAGCAGAAGCAGAGCAUUGUGGUCUCUCCAACUCUAUCUCCCAUAACCCCACAGGGCAGGCGCACAGGUUCCUCCCUAGAUACAACCCCCCUUUCCUCGUGCAGCACCUCUGGGAGAAGCUAUUACCCCUCGCCUGUGAUUUGUAGGUCCUCCGGUGCAUCUAACAAGAGUGAGUCCAUCAGCACAUCUGUUGGAAGUCUGAGAUCGGCCUCUACUGGACGGAGGUCUCAGGCUGCCAAUGACAGAGGGGAGGGCUGGUUUGCUCUCUCCGCCCAUAUUUCCUAACCCCACCGGACCCCCAUCAGCUGUUCUGCUGGCUCCAUCAACGGCUCCAGAUCUUCCAUGUUAUUUAACUUAUUUAUGUGUCUUAAUAAAAUCUGAGUUUUAUGAA